AUGGCCGACGUGUACUCGCAGGGCAGGGCCAGCGUGCACGAAGACCUCCGGCGGCGAAGGUUGUACGCCGACGCCGAGGUCACAUGCAGCGACGACGGCAGCCAGUUCCCGGUGCACCUGGUGCUCCUGUACGCCACCUGCCCGCUGUUUCGAGAGACGUCGCCGGGGGGAAACCUAACGAGCCCGCCCUGCACGAUCAAAGUCCCCGCUGUCAAACCAGGAGCUGCAGUGGCGAUUGCGCCUGCAGAAAUGGUUGACGCCGCCAUAUCGACGACGAAUCAGGGGCAUCAGUCCGCUGCGCCGACAGAGGCCGGCGAGGUGACCAACAUCGCCGUGGCCGGUGUGCCCGGUGACGUCAUGGCCGCCCUGCUCGAGUACGUGUACACCAACAGGGUGACGCUGAACAGCGACAACGUGCUCAGCAUGCUCCUCUCGGCGCAGCGGUUCAAGGUCGCGAAGGCCUACCAGGAUUUGCUCCGUAGCUCCUACGAUGAUCUGAAGGCUCUGCUAAGCUCUGACGACCUCAACGUUGCCGACGAAGCCAAGGCGUUUUCGGUGACUAUAAAGUCGACCUCAGCUGGUGCGCCAAGCAGGCAUCUCUUCUUAACAAGUUUUCAAAGCGCUAUAAGAUUCGGGCUCUGCAAAGUGUCCUUCCUUCAUGAGGAAGUGCUUCCGCAUCCCAUGCUCGGUGACGUUGACUGCCACGCCGUACUUGAGCCUGUCUACGGACUUCUGGACCAGCUGGAGAUCCACGAAGGUCCGAGGAUGAUCAACCUCACGCAUCCCAUGCUAAGGCCCAGGAUCCCAAGGGACCUUCUGUUCGUAAUUGGUGGCUGGGGUUGUGACACAGCAGCGAAUCUCGUCGAGCGGUACGGCUGCCGCUCUAACCGGUGGCUGAUAUUUCCCAACGACAGGGACAUCAUGCCCCAGGUCUACCACCACGAACUCGUCGUCCUGGACGGCCUCGUCUAUCUGAUAGGAGGUUCAGAUAGGUCGCAGUGCUUCAACUGCGUUCGAUGUUUCAACCCGCUUCAACAUCGAUGGACGGAGCGAAUCUGUAGGCACACGGCCAGGUGCUACGUCAGCGUGGCGGUGCUGGACGGCAAAAUCUACGCGCUGGGCGGCUACGACGGCGAUCGGCGGACAAACACGGCCGAACGAUGCGAUCCAGCCACCAACACGUGGUCGCUCAUCGCCGACAUGAACGACCAGCGAUCGGACGCCUGUGCCACCGUGGUCGACUCCAAGGUGCGCAUUCGGCAACACUGCCACUUGUAG